GUCGAGUGGCUGGCCCCUGCAGUGAAACAGAACACAACUGUCAGUGGCUGUGAGCUCUUGGACACGGAGAUGCAGGCCCUGCGUGCGGACUGGAAGCAGUGGGAAGACAGCGUUUUCCAAACUCAGACUAGCUUGGAGAACCUGGUUAGCCAAAUGGCCCUUUCGGAGCAGGAGUUCUCAGGCCAAGUGGCUCAGCUGGAGGAGGCCCUGGGACAGUUCGGUGCCCUCCUGACAAGCUGGGCUCAGCAGUUAGCCCUCCUGGAAGGCAGGAACACAGAUCAGGAGCUGGUGGAAUGCUGGCAGAAGGGCCGGGAGAUACUGGAUGCUCUACAAAAAGCAGAGCCUCAGACAGAGGAUCUCAAGUCUCAGCUGAAUGAACUUUGUCGUUUUUCCAGAGACCUGAGUACAUACAGCAGAAAAGUUUCUGGCUUGAUUAAAGAAUAUAAUUGUCUUUGUUUGCAAGCAUCCAAGGGCUGUCAGAAUAAAGAACAGAUUUUACAGCAGAGAUUUCAAAGAGCCUUCAAGGAUUUCCAGCAGUGGUUGGUUCAUGAAAAGAUCACUACAGCUAAAUGUUUUGAUAUACCUCAAAAUAUUAGUGAAGUUUCAGCAAGUCUUCAGAAAAUACAGGAAUUUUUGUCAGAAAGUGAAAAUGGACAGCACAAGCUAAACAUGAUGCUUUCUAAAGGAGAAUCUUUGAGUACUCUAUUGACCAAAGAGAAAGCUAGUGGCAUCCAGGCUAAAAUUGCAACUGCAAAAGAAGAUUGGAAAAAUUUUCAUUCAAAUCUCCACCAAAAAGAAUCUGCCCUAGAGAAUCUAAAGAUCCAAAUGAAGGACUUUGAAGUAAGUGCUGAGCCUGUACAGGACUGGCUGAGUAAAACCGAGAAGAUGGUGCAUGAAAGCAGCAAUCGCCUGUAUGAUCUGCCAGCCAAGAGGCGGGAACAGCAGAAGCUGCAGUCAGUCCUUGAGGAAAUAAACUGCUACGAGCCUCAGCUCCACAGGCUGAAAGAGAAAGCUCAGCAGCUGUGGGAGGGCCAAGCGGCCAGCAGGAGCUUUAUGCACCGGGUGUCACACCUGUCUUCUCAGUAUCUAGCUCUAAGCAAUUUAACAAAGGAGAAAGUGUCAAGACUGGACAGAAUUGUUGCAGAACACAAUCAGUUCUCCCUCGGGAUUAAAGACCUGCAAGACUGGAUGACAGAUGCGGUCCACAUGCUGGAUUCUUACUGCCACCCGACCUCUGACAAGAGCGUGCUGGACAGCAGGAUGCUCAAGCUUGAGGCUCUAUUUUCAGUGAAACAGGAAAAGGAGAUCCAGAUGAAAAUGAUAGUGACCAGAGGGGAAUCUGUCCUCCAGAAUACCUCUCCGGAAGGCAUUCCUGCCAUUCAGCAGCAGCUGCAGAGUGUGAAGGAUAUGUGGGCGUCCCUUUUGUCUGCAGCGAUUCGUUGUAAAAGUCAACUUGAAGGAGCUCUUUCUAAGUGGACAAGUUAUCAGGACGACGUCCGACAGUUUUCCAGCUGGAUGGACAGCGUGGAGGCCAGCCUAAAAGAAUCCGAAAGGCAGUACGCAGAAGUGCGGGACAAAACAGCCGCUCUCGGCAAAGUCAAGUUAUUAAAUGAAGAAGUGCUGAGCCACAGCAGCUUGCUGGAGACCAUUGAAGUCAAAGGAGCUGGCAUGACAGAGCACUAUGUCACCCAGUUAGAAUUCCAGGACCUUCAAGAACGAUACAGAGAUAUCAGAGAGCGGACCAAGGAAGCAGUAACCAAGUCUGAAAAACUAGUUCGCCUGCACCAGGAGUAUCAGAGAGACUUGAAGGCGUUUGAAGUUUGGCUGGAACAAGAGCAAGAAAAGCUUGACAGAUAUUCAGUUCUUGAAGGUGAUGCCCACACUCACGAGACAACGUUACGGGAUCUUCAGGAGCUCCAGGUGCACUGUGCAGAGGGGCAGGCCCUGUUGCAUUCAGUGUUGCACGCCAGAGAGGAAGUGAUACCAUCGGGCAUCCCCCAGACGGAGGACCGGGCAUUAGAGUCUCUCCGGCAGGACUGGCAGGCUUACCAGCAGAGGCUGUCCGAGACCCGAACUCAGUUCAAUAAUGUAGUCAACAAAUUGAGACUGAUGGAACAAAAGUUUCAGCAAGUAGACGAGUGGCUAAAAGCAAUGGAGGACAAAGUGAGUCUCAGAAGUGGACGUCAGUCUAACCGGGCAGCCAAGGAGAUACAAUUACAUCAGAUGAAGAAGUGGCAUGAAGAAGUCACUGCGUACAGAGAUGAAGUUGAAGAAGUGGGAGCCAGAGCCCAGGAGAUCCUGGAUGAGAGCCACGUGAGCAGCCGAAUGGGCUGCCAGGCCACCCAGCUGACGUCCAGAUACCAAGCCCUUCUCCUCCAGGUGCUGGAACAAAUAAAAUUCCUGGAGGAAGAGAUCCAGAGUUUGGAGGAAUCAGAAUUAUCUUUAAGUUCCUAUUUGGAUUGGUACAGCUCUACUCACAAAAACUUCAAGAAUGUGGCUGCCAAAAUUGAUAAAGUAGAUAAAGUGAUGAUGGGGAAAAAAAUGAAGACAUUGGAGGGUUUGCUAAAAGACAUGGAGAAAGGCCACAGUUUGCUCAAAUCAGCCCGAGAGAAAGGAGAGAGGGCUCUUACAUACUUGGAAGAUAGUGAGGCAGAGACGUUAAGAAAAGAGAUCCAUGACCACGUGGAACAGUUGAAGGAACUGACCAGCACUGUCCGGAAGGAGCACAUGACUCUGGAAAAAGGCCUUCAUUUAACGAAGGAAUUCUCAGAUAAAUACAAAGCACUAACUCAGUGGAUAGCAGAAUACCAAGAAAUCCUACACAUUCCUGGAGAACCCAAAAUGGAAUUAUAUGAGAAAAAAGCUCAACUAUCUAAAUACAAGUCACUUCAACAAACGGUGUUGUCCUAUGAACCAUCAGUAAAAUCAGUGAGAGAAAAAGGCAAAGCCCUCCUGGAGCUGGUGCAGGAUGUUACUUUAAAGGACAAAAUAGAUCAACUUCAAAGUGAUUACCAGAACCUCUGCAGUGCAGGAAAAGAGCAUGUUUGCUGUCUCGAGGUGAAAGUCAGAGACCACGAAGAUUACAACAGUGAGCUCCAAGAAGUGGAAAAGUGGCUGCUGCAGAUGUCAGGAAGGUUAGUGGCACCCGACCUCAUGGAGACAAGCAGUCUAGAGACGGUUACCCAGCAACUGGCCCACCACAAGGCAAUGAUGGAAGAAAUUGCUGGUUUUGAAGACCGUUUGAACAACCUUAAAAUUAAAGGCGACAAUUUGAUCAGCCAGUGUGCAGACCACCUCCAAGCGAAACUUAAACAAAAUGUACACGCUCAUCUGCAGGGCACAAAGGAUAGUUACUCAGCCAUCUGCAGUACAGCCCAGAGGGUGUACCAGAGUCUGGAACAUGAACUUCAGAAGCAGGUUAGUCGACAAGACACCCUGCAGCAGUGCCAGGCCUGGCUUUCUGCAGUCCAGCCCGAUUUAAAGCCAAGCGCACAUCCCCCUCUCAACAGGGCAGAAGCCGUUAAGCAGGUCAAACACUUCAGAGCUUUGCAGGAACAGGCAAGGACCUACUUGGAUCUCCUUUGCACCAUGUGUGACUUGUCAAACUCUUCAGUGAAAACCACAGCAAAAGACAUUCAACAAACAGAACAAAUGAUUGAACAAAGGCUUGCCCAGGCACAGAACUUAACUCAGGGCUGGGAAGAGAUCAAGCACAUGAAGGCUGAGCUUUGGAUUUACCUCCAGGAUGCCAAUCAGCAGCUGCAGAAUAUGAAGAGGAGGCACUCAGAACUGGAGCUAAAUAUUGCACAGAACAUGGUGUCUCAAGUAAAGGAUUUUGUUAAGAAACUACGGUGCAAACAGUCAUCAGUGACCACUAUUACAGAGAAGGUGGAUGAGUUAACCAAGAAGCAGGAGUCUCCUGAACACAAGGAAAUAAGUCAUUUAAACGACCAGUGGCUGGAUCUGUGCCUUCAGUCCAAAAAUCUGUGCUUGCAAAGGGAAGAGGAUUUCCAGAGAACACGAGAUUACCACAACUGUAUGAAUGUCGUCGAAGUGUUCUUAGAAAAAUUUACUACAGAAUGGGAUAACUUAGCCAGAUCUGAUGCAGAGAGUACAGCCAUCCACCUGGAAGCUUUGAAGAAGUUGGCACUGGCAUUGCAGGAGAGAAAGCAGGCUAUUGACGAUCUGAAAGAGCAAAAGCAGAAUAUGAUAGACCAUCUGAAUGUAGAUGACAAAGAACUAGUCAAAGAACAGACGAGUCACCUUGAGCAACGCUGGUUUCAGCUUGAGGACCUCGUUGAAAGGAAAAUCCAAGUGUCUGUCACCAACCUGGAGGAGUUAAGUGUGGUCCGGUCCAGAUUUCAGGAGCUAAUGGACUGGGCAGAAGAGCAGCGACCCAACAUUGCUGAGGCUCUUAAGCAGAGCCCCCCGCCUGACAUGACCCAGAACCUUCUCAUGGAUCACCUUGCCAUUUGCAGUGAACUGGAGGUCAAACAGAUGCUCCUGAAAUCACUCAUGAAGGAUGCUGAUAGGGUGAUGGCUGAUCUUGGCCUCAAUGAGAGGCAGAUAAUCCAGAAGGUACUCUCUGAUGCCCAAAGGCAUAUGAAUAGUCUCAGCGACUUAGUGGGCCAGAGACGAAAGUACUUAAACAAGGCUUUGUCCGAGAAAACCCAGUUUCUCAUGGCAGUGUUCCAGGCAACCAGCCAAAUUCAGCAACAUGAGCGCAAGAUAAUGUUCCGUGAACAUAUCUGCCUGUUACCGGAUGACGUGAGCAAACAAGUGAAAACAUGUAAGAGCGCACAAGCCAGCCUCAAGACUUACCAAAAUGAAGUCACUGGACUUUGGGCCCAGGGUCGCGAAUUAAUGAAAGGAGUCACAGAGCAGGAAAAGAGUGAGGUACUGGGGAAGCUUCAGGAAUUGCAGAGUGUCUAUGACACCGUUUUACAAAAGUGCAGCCAUCGGCUACAAGAACUAGAGAAAAAUUUGGUUUCUAGGAAGCAUUUUAAGGAAGAUUUUGAUAAGGCUUGUCACUGGUUAAAACAAGCAGAUAUUGUUACCUUUCCUGAAAUCAACCUAAUGAAUGAGAGUGCUGAGCUGCAGACACAACUGGCCAAAUACCAACACAUCCUUGAACAAUCUCCAGAAUAUGAAAAUCUCCUACUUACGCUACAGAGAACUGGACAGGCCAUACUGUCGACGCUGAAUGAAGUCGAUCAUUCCUACCUCAACGAAAAGCUAAAUACACUGCCCCUGCAGUUCAAUGUAAUUGUCGACUUGGCUAAAGACAAGUUCUAUAAAGUCCAGGAAGCAAUUCUGGCCCGGAAAGAAUAUGAUUCCUUGAUCGAGUUGACAACCCAGUCUCUGUGUGAUCUUGAAGACCAGUUCUCCAAGGUGAGCCAAGUCCCCAGCGACCUGAGUGUUGAAGAGGCUCUGUGUCUUCAGGAUGGUUGUCGAGCUCUUGGGGGAGAGGUGGCAGCCCUUGCAGGAGCAGUGGAUGAACUGAACCAGAAGAAAGAAAGUUUUCGCAGCACAGGGCAGCCAUGGCAACCAGACCAGAUGCUGCAUCUCGUCACCCUGUACCACAGGCUGAAGCGACAGACAGAACAAAGGGUGAGCUUAUUAGAAGACACCACCAGUGCUUAUCAAGAGCAUGAAAAGAUGUGCCACCAGCUAGAGAAACAACUAGAGGUUGUGAGAACAGAGCAGGCCAAGGUGAACGAGGAGACACUUCCUGCAGAGGAGAAGCUCAAAGUGUAUCACUCCCUGGUGGGAAGCCUCCAGGAUUCAGGAAUUCUUCUAAAACGAGUGACUGUGCAUCUUGAAGAUCUUGUUCCGCAUCUUGACCCCUCAGCUUAUGAGAAAGCCAAGCAUCAGAUCCAAGCCUGGCAAGAGGAGUUAAAACUGCUGACUUCCACCAUUGGCGUGACGGUGACGGAGUGUGAGAGCCGCAUGGUGCAGAGCAGAGACUUCCAGACGGAGCUGAGCCGCUCCCUGGACCGGCUGCGGAGCGUGGAGACAGCGCUGAGUGAGCCACUGUGCCUGGACCUGAACCUGCGGGACGUCCAGGAGGAGAUCAGAAAGGUCCAAAUCCAUCAGGAAGAGGUGCAGUCCAGCCUGAGGAUAAUGAAAGCACUGAGUAACAGGGAGAAGGAGAAAUUCACGAGAGCCAAGGAGCUGAUCUCUGCCGACCUACAGCACACGCUGGCUGAGCUCUCCGAGAUGGACGGGGCCCUGCAGGAAGCUCUCCGCACCAGACAGGCUACCUUGACUCAGAUGUACAGUCAGUGUCAAAGGUACUAUCAAGUGUUUCAAGCAGCUAAUGACUGGCUUGACGAUGCUCACGAAAUGUUACAGCUGACAGGCAAUGGCCUAGAUGUGGAGAGUGCAGAGGAAAGUCUCAAAAACCACAUGGAGUUUUUUAGUACAGAGGAUCAGUUCCACAGCAAUCUGGAGGAACUCCAAGGCCUAGUAGCCAAGCUGGGCCCACUCAUCAAGCCAACUGGAAAAGAGGACUUAGCACAGAAAAUGGCCUCCCUGGAAGAGAAAAGCCAGGGGACAAUACAGGAGUCACACGUCCAGUUAGAUCUCUUGCAGAGAUGUGCAGCUGAAUGGCAGGAUUACCAGAAAGCAAGGGAAGAGGUUAUUGAACUGAUGAAUGAUGCAGAAAAGAAACUGUCUGAGUUUUCUUUAUUGAAGACUUCUUCCAGUCAUGAAGCAGAAGAAAAAUUGUCAGGACACAAGGCUUUAGUGUCAGUAGUUAACUCUUUUCAUGAGAAAACUGUGGCCUUAGAGGGUAAAGCUUCAGAACUGGAGAGAACCGGAAAUGGCGCCAGCAAAGCAACCAUAAGCAGGUCGAUGACGGCUGUCUGGCAGCGCUGGACACGGCUCCGCGCUGUGGCCCAGGACCAGGAGAAGAUACUGGAAGAUGCAGUGGAUGAGUGGAAGAGCUUUAACAAUAAGGUUAAAAAAGCCACUGAAAUGAUUAAUAAGCUGCAAGAUAAAUUACCAGGAAGUUCAGCAGAGAAAGCCUCAAAAGCAGAACUCUUAACUCUUCUUGAAUAUCAUGACACAUUCAUUCUGGAGCUGGAACAGCAACAGUCGGGCUUACGGAUGCUAGAGCAGCAAGCACUGAGCAUGCUCCAGGAUGGGGCCACGCUGUACCCUGGAGAAGAGCCACCCACUGUGCAGGAAAUCACGACAAUGCAGGACCAGUGCCUGAACAUACAGGAGAAAGUGAAGAAGAGCGGAAAGGUGGUAAGGCAGGAGCUGAAGGAGCGAGAAGUGGUGGAGACCCUAAUCAAUUCAGUAAAAUCUUGGGUUCAGGAAACGAAGGAGUAUUUGGGGAAUCCAACAAUAGAAAUAGAUGCUCAACUUGAAGAACUUAAGAUUCUCCUAACAGAAGCCACAAAUCACCGACAGAACAUUGAGAAAAUGGCUGAAGAACAGAAGAAUAAGUAUCUUGGUCUUUAUACUAUAUUACCUUCUGAACUCUCUCUUCAGCUAGCUGAAGCAGCCUUGGACCUAGGAACUAUCCAUGAUCAGAUCCAGGACAAAAUAAAAGAAGUUGAACAGAGCAAGGCCAUGAGUCAGGAAUUCAGCCAGCAAAUUCAGAAGAUAGCCAAAGAUCUCACAGCUAUUCUAACCAAGCUGAGAGCAAAGACAGAUAAUUUAGUUCAAGCUAAAACUGACCAAAAGGUGCUAGGAAAGGAAUUAGAUGUCUGUAACUUAAAAUUAAUGGACCUGGAUGAAGCAGUACAAAAAUUCUCGGAACAGAAUGGCCAACUGGGUAAACCACUGGCCAAGAAGAUAGGAAAACUGACUGAACUUCGCCAGCAGGCCAUUAGACAGGCCGAUAACCGGCUCUCUAAGCUCAGCCAGGCAGCAUCCCAUUUAGAAGAAUACAAUGAAAUGCUGGAGUCAAUUCUGAAGUGGAUUGAGAAAGUUAAAGUCUCAGUACAUGGAAAGAUUGCAUGGAAUUCUGCAAGCCAACUUCGGGAACAAUACAUUUCACAUCAGACCAUGCUAGAAGAAUCUGAAGAGAUUUACAACAACCUGGAAGUGAUGACUGAGAAAUUACAGUACCUCGAUAGCGUGUACCAUACGGAAAAAAUGUCUCGGCAAGUAGCCGACCUGGGACGGGAGACUGAGGGGCUGCGGCAGAUGAUCAGAAUUCAUUUGCAGAAUCUCCAUGAUGCUGCCAAGGAUAUGAAAAAAUUUGAAACAGAGCUCAGAAACUUACAAGUUGCUUUGGAGCAAGCCCAGACAACACUGACUUCUCCAGAAGUGGGACGUCUUAGUCUCAAGGAGCAACUCUCUCACCGACAGCAUUUGCUCUCUGAGAUGGAGUCACUCAAGCCAAAAGUCCACGCAGUGCAGAUGAGCCAGAGCGCGCUCCGGAUCCCCGAGGACGUUGUCACCAGCUUGCCGCUGUGCCACGCAGCUCUGCGCCUGCAGGAGGGGGCCAGUCGGCUCCAGCACACGGCCAUCCAGCAGUGCAACAUCGUGCAGGAGGCUGUGGUGCAAUAUGAACAAUAUGAGCAAGAAAUGCAUCACCUCCAGGAGCUCAUAGAAGGAGCUCACAGAGAGAUUGAGGAUAAGCCUGUGGCCACCAGCAACAUCCAGGAGCUGCAAGCCCAGAUUUCCCGGCACGAGGAGCUGGCUCAGAAAAUCAAGGGCUACCAGGAGCAAAUCGCUUCUUUGAACUCCAAGUGCAAGAUGCUGACCGUGAAAGCCAAGCACGCCACCAUGCUGCUGACGGUGACCGAUGUGGAGCGGCUGGCGGAGGGGAUGGAGGACCUGGACGGGGAGCUCCUCCCCGCGACCUCGGCCCACCCCUCUGUGGUCAUGAUGACUGCAGGUCGCUGUCACACUUUGCUGUCACCGGUCACUGAGGAGUCUGGGGAGGAGGGAACCAACAGUGAGAUUUCCUCUCCACCUGCCUGUCGCUCUCCUUCACCUGUGGCUAAUACAGAUGCUUCCAUUAACCAGGACAUCGCUUAUUACCAAGCCUUGUCUGCUGAGUCAUUGCAGAUGGAUGCCUCCAGGAUUCCCCCCAGCCCUCUGCCACCCCAAGAGCUCUGUGAACCAAGACUGGAGCCUUCUGCUACUGCUAAGCUGGAUGAUUUACAGCGUUCUUGGGAAACCUUAAAGAAUGUGAUCAGCGAAAAGCAGCGCACACUCUACGAAGCGUUGGAACGCCAACAGAGGUACCAGGACUGCCUCCAGUCCAUCUCCACGAAAAUGGAGGCCAUCGAGAUGAAACUCAGUGAAAGUCCGGAGCAUGGUAGGAGCACCGAGAGCCAGAUGGCCGAACACCAGUCUUCCCCACAGGCACUGAUGGAUGAGAUUCUCAUGCUUCAAGAGGAAAUCAGUGAGCUGCAGUCAGCGCUCGCGGAGGAGCUGGUGUCUGACCCCCCAGAGUCCGACCCUUCGGAGCAGCUGCCCUUGCAGUCCACGCUCGCUGUCUUAGCAGAGCGAAUAUCCACCAUCAAGAUGAAGGCAUCAGGGAAACGACAGCUUUUGGAGGAGAAGUUAAAUGAUCAGCUGGAGGAACAGAAACAGGAACAGGCCCUGCAGAGGUAUCGCUGUGAAGCCGAUGAGCUGGACCAUUGGCUCUUGAGCACUAAGGCCACUCUGGACAUUGCACUGGGGUCACCCAAGGAGCCCAUGGACAUGGAGGCCCAGCUGGUGGACUGCCAGAACAUGCUGGUGGAAAUAGAACAGAAGGUGGUGGCCUUAUCGGAGCUCUCAGUCCACAAUGAAAACCUGCUGCUGGAGGGCAAGGCUCACACAAAGGACGAGGCGGAGCAGCUGUCCGUGAAGCUGAGAACCCUCAAGGGGAGCCUCCUGGAGCUGCAGAGAGCGCUGCACGACAAGCAGCUCCACAUCCAGCAGGGGACAGCCCAGGAGAAGGAGGAGAGCGAUGCUGACCUGGCUGCCACUCAGAGCCCCGGCGUUCAGGAAUGGCUGGCUCAAGCUCGAACUGCGUGGACCCAACAGCGACAGAGCAGCCUCCAGCAACAAAAAGAGUUGGAACAGGAAUUAGCAGAGCAGAAGAGCCUCCUCCAGUCAGUAGCCAGUCUUGGAGAGGAAAUUCUAACCCAACACUCAGCUGCAGAGACCUCUGGUGGUGUUGGCAAAAAACCUGAUGUGUUAUCCCAGGAGUUGGGGAUGGAAGGGCAGAAAUCACCUGCUGAAGACCAGAUGAGAAUGAAAUGGGAAAGCCUACAACAAGAAUUUAGUACCAAGCAGAAACUGCUUCAGAAUGUUCUGCAACAGGAACAAGAGCAAGUGCUUUACAGCAGGCCAAAUCGGCUCCUGUCUGGCAUGCCACUGUACAAAGGAGACGGACAGGCCCAGGAUAAAUCCGCAGUGACGUCUUUGCUGGAUGGAUUGAACCAGGCCUUCGAGGAGGUUUCAGCCCAGAGUGGAGGGACAAAGAGGCAGAACGCUGACUUGGAACAGAAGUUAUACAAUGGGGUCUCGGCUACCUCUACUUGGCUGGAUGAUGUGGAGGAACGUUUAUUUGCUGCCACAGCACUUUUACCAGCAGAGGCAGAAACUUGCCUCUUUAACCAAGAGACUCUUGCCAAAGAUAUUAAGGAAAUGUCUGAAGAAAUGGAUAAGAACAAGAGCUUGUUUUCCCAAGCCUUUCCAGAGAAUGGUGAUAACCGAGAUGUUAUUGAAGACACUUUGGGUUGUCUUGUGGGCAGGUUAUCUUUGCUAGACUCAGUAGUAAAUCAGCGAUGUCAUCAGAUGAAGGAAAGACUUCAGCAAAUACUAAAUUUCCAGAAUGAUCUGAAGGUGCUGUUUACAUCGCUGGCUGACCACAAGUACAUCAUUCUGCAGAAACUGGCAAAUGUGUUUGAACAGCCUGUGGCAGAGCAAAUAGAGGCAAUACAGCAGGCUGAAGAUGGGUUAAAGGAAUUGGAUGCGGGAAUCACUGAGUUGAAAAGGCGUGGUGACAAGCUGCAGAUUGAGCAGCCUUGGGUGCAAGAACUCUCCAAACUCCAGGACAUGUACGAUGAGCUGAUGAUGACCAUUGGCUCCCGGCGGGGCAGUCUGAACCAGAAUCUUGCACUGAAGGGUCAGUAUGAAAGGGCCCUGCAAGAUCUGGCUGACCUGCUGGAGACAGGACGCGAGAAGAUGGCAGGAGACCAGAAAAUUAUCGUGUCUUCCAAAGAAGAAAUCCAACAACUACUUGACAAACACAAGGAGUACUUUCAGGGCCUGGAAUCUCAUAUGAUCUUGACUGAAACACUCUUCAGGAAGGUUAUCAGCUUUGCAGUCCUACGGGAAACUCAGUUCCAUACAGACCUGAUGGCGCAGGCUUCGGCUGUGCUCAAAGGGGCUCACAAGAGGGGUGUGGAGUUGGAGUACAUUCUCGAGACAUGGUCCCACCUGGAUGAGGACCAGCGGGAGCUUAGCGGGCAGCUGGAGGUGGUGGAGACCAGCAUCCCGAGUGUGGGUUUGGUGGAGGAGAGUGAAGACAGGCUUAUCGACCGGAUAACACUCUACCAGCAUUUGAAAUCCAGCCUUAAUGAAUACCAGCCCAAAUUAUAUCAGGUACUAGAUGAUGGGAAACGACUUCUGAUAUCUGUUAGCUGCUCAGAUCUAGAAAGCCAGCUAAAUCAACUUGGAGAACACUGGUUAAAUGACACCAACAAAGUGUCUAAGGAACUUCACAGAUUGGAAACAAUAUUGAAACACUGGACCAGAUAUCAAAGUGAAUCUGCCGAUCUCAUCCACUGGUUACAGUCUGCAAAAGACAGGUUAGAAUUUUGGACUCAACAAUCUGUGACAGUUCCUCAAGAACUGGAAAUGGUCCGUGAUCAUCUGAACGCUUUUCUGGAGUUUUCCAAAGAGGUGGAUGCCAAAUCUACCUUGAAAUCGUCUGUUCUGAGCACUGGAAAUCAGCUUCUUAGACUAAAGAAAGUGGACACAGCUGCCCUGCGUUCUGAGCUGUCACACAUUGAUGGCCAGUGGACUGACCUGCUGACAAAUAUUCCAACCGUACAGGAAAAGCUGCACCAGCUCCAAAUGGAUAAGCUGCCUUCUCGCCAUGCCAUUUCUGAAGUCAUGGCUUGGAUUUCUCUCAUGGAAAAUGUUAUUCAAAUGGAUGAAGAGAGUAUUAAAAACUCCAUCGGUUACAAGGCAAUUCAUGAAUACCUUCAGAAAUAUAAGGGUUUUAAGAUCGACAUUAACUGUAAACAGCUGACCGUCGAUUUUGUGAACCAGUCUGUGCUACAAAUCAGCAGUCAGGACGUGGAAAGUAAACGCAGUGAUAAGACUGAUUUUGCUGAGCAACUUGGAGCCAUGAAUAAAAGCUGGCAAAUCCUGCAGGGUCUCGUCACUGAGAAGAUUCAGCUGUUGGAAGGCUUAUUGGAAUCUUGGUCAGAAUAUGAAAAUAACGUACAAUGUCUGAAAACUUGGUUUGAAACCCAGGAAAAGAGACUAAAGCAACAACAGCAAAUUGGAGAUCAGGCUGCAGUUCAGAACGCACUGAAAGACUGUCAGGAUCUGGAAGAUUUGAUUAAAGCAAAAGAAAAAGAGUUAGAGAAAAUUGAGCAGAAUGGACUUGCUUUGAUUCAGAACAAGAAAGAAGAAGUCUCUGGCUUUGUCAUGAGCACGCUUCAGGAUCUCAACCACACCUGGGCAAAUUUAGACCACAUGGUUGGGCAAUUAAAGAUCCUGCUGAAGUCUGUGCUUGACCAGUGGAGCCACCACAAAGUGGCCUUUGAUGAGAUAAACAGUUACCUCAUGGAGGCCAGAUACUCUCUCUCCCGAUUCCGUCUGCUGACCGGAUCUUUAGAAGCUGUGCAGGUUCAGGUAGACAAUCUUCAGAGUCUUCAAGAUGAUCUAGAGAAACAGGAAAAGAGCUUACAGAAAUUUGGCUCUGUCACCAACCAACUGUUAAAAGAGAGUCACCCGCCUGUGACAGAAACUCUUACCAAUACACUAAAAGAAGUCAAUAUGAGAUGGAAUCACUUGCUGGAAGAGAUUGCAGAGCAGCUGCACGCCAGCAAGGCCCUACUUCAGCUUUGGCAGAGAUACAAGGACUACUCCAAACAGUGUGCUGCUACAGUUCAACAGCAGGAGGGUCGAACCAAUGAGCUCUUGAAGGCAGCCACUGACAAGGACAUCGCGGACGACGAAGUUGCCACAUGGAUUCAAGAUUGCAACGACCUCCUCAAAGGACUGGGGACAGUUAAGGAUUCCCUUUUCGUUCUCCACGAGCUGGGAGAGCAACUCAAGCAACAAGUAGAUGCCUCGGCAGCAUCGGCCAUUCAGUCUGAUCAACUCUGUUUGAGUCAACACUUAUGUGCCCUAGAACAGGCUCUUUGCAAACAGCAUACUAUGUUACAGGCUGGAGUUCUUGACUAUGAAACCUUUACCAAGAGUUUAGAAGCUUUGGAAGCCUGGAUAGUAGAAGCUGAAGAAAUACUACAAGGGCAGGACCCUAACCACUCGUCUGACCUCUCAACCAUCCAGGAAAGGAUGGAAGAACUUAAGGGACAGAUGCUAAAAUUCAGCAGCAUGGUCCCAGAUUUAGACCGGCUAAAUGAGCUUGGAUACAGGUUACCCCUAAAUGAUAAAGAAAUCAAAAGGAUGCAGAAUCUGAACCGGCACUGGUCUCUGAUCUCCUCCCAGACUACAGAAAGAUUCAGUAAGUUACAGUCAUUUUUGCUACAACAUCAAACUUUCUUGGAGAAAUGUGAAACAUGGAUGGAAUUCCUAGUUCAAACAGAACAGAAGUUAGCAGUAGAGAUUUCAGGCAAUUAUCAGCAUCUUUUGGAGCAGCAAAGAGCACAUGAGUUGUUUCAAGCAGAGAUGUUCAGUCGUCAGCAGAUUUUACACUCGAUCAUUGUUGAUGGACAGCAUCUUCUAGAACAAGGUCAAGUUGAUGACAGGGAUGAGUUCAACCUCAAAUUGACCCUUCUCAGUAAUCAGUGGCAGGGGGUGAUACGCAGGGCCCAGCAGAGGCGGGGCAUCAUUGACAGCCAGAUCCGCCAGUGGCAGCGCUAUCAGGAGAUGGCAGAAAAGCUUCGUAAAUGGUUGGUUGAAGUGUCCUAUCUACCCGUGAGUGGUCUCGGAAGUGUCCCAAUACCACUGCAGCAAGCAAGGACCCUCUUUGAUGAAGUGCAGUUCAAAGAAAAAGUGUUCCUGCGACAGCAAGGCAGCUACAUCCUCACCGUGGAGGCUGGCAAGCAGCUCCUGCUUUCUGCUGAUGGUGCAGCUGAGGCUGCCUUGCAGGCUGAACUCGCUGAAAUCCAAGAGAGAUGGAGAUCAGCCAGUGUGCAUCUGGAGGAGCAGAAGAAAAAACUGGCCUUCUUGUUGCAGGACUGGGAAAAAUGUGAGAACGGAAUAGCUGAUUCUCUGGAGAAACUACGAACCUUCAAAAAGAGGCUUUCCCCACCUCUGCCGGAUCACCACGAAGAGCUCCACGCGGAGCAGAUGCGUGGCAAGGAAUUGGAAAAUGCAGUUGGGAGCUGGACAGAUGACUUGGCACGGCUGACGGUGCUGAAGGAUGCUGUCUCUACCUACAUCAGUGCAGACGAUAUCUCCAUCCUUAACGAACGCAUGGAGCUUCUGCAAAGGCAGUGGGAAGAACUAUGCCACCAGCUCUCCUUAAGGCAGCAGCAAGUAAGUGAGAGACUGAAUGAAUGGGCCGUCUUCAGUGAAAAGAACAAGGAGCUUUGCGAAUGGUUGACUCAGAUGGAAAGCAAAAUUUCUCAGAAUGGAGACAUUCUCAUUGAAGAAAUGAUUGAGAAGCUCAGGAAGGAUUAUCAAGAGGAAAUUGCUAUUGCCCAAGAGAACAAAAUACAGCUCCAGCAAAUGGGAGAACGACUUGCCCGAGCCAGCCAUGAAAGCAAAGCAUCUGAGAUUGAAUACAAGCUCGGGAAGAUCAAUGACCGGUGGCAGCACCUCCUGGACCUCAUGGCAGCCAGGGUAAAGAAGCUGAAGGAGACUCUGGUCGCCGUACAGCAGCUGGAUAAAAACAUGAGCAGCCUGAGAACGUGGCUGGCCCACAUAGAGUCAGAGCUGGCCAAGCCGAUCGUCUACGAUUCCUGUGACUCAGAAGAAAUACAGAAAAAGCUUAAUAAGCAGCAGGAGCUUCAGAGAGACAUAGAGAAACACAGCACGGGUGUGGCCUCUGUCCUCAACCUGUGUGAGGUUCUCCUGCAUGACUGUGAUGCCUGUGCCACAGAUGCCGAGUGCGGUUCCAUCCAGCAGGCUACGCGCAACCUGGACCGGCGGUGGAGAAAUAUCUGUGCUGUGUCCAUGGAAAGAAGGCUAAAAAUUGAAGAGACAUGGCGAUUGUGGCAGAAGUUUCUGGAUGACUUUUCUCGUUUUGAAGAUUGGCUGAAAUGCUCGGAAAGGGUAGCUGCCUUCCCCAGCUCUUCUGGGGUGCUCUAUACAGUUGCCAAGGAUGAACUAAAGAAAUUUGAGGGUUUCCAGCGACAGGUCCAUGAGACCCUGACCCAGCUGGAACUGAUUAACAAGCAGUACCGCCGCCUGGCCAGAGAGAACCGCACCGACUCGGCCUGCAGCCUGAAACAUAUGAUCCACGAAGGCAACCAGAGAUGGGACAACCUGCAGAAGCGCGUCACCUCCAUCUUGCGCAGACUCAAGCAUUUCAUUGGCCAGCGGGAGGAGUUUGAGACUGCACGGGACAGCAUCCUGGUGUGGCUGACAGAGAUGGAUUUGCAACUCACUAACAUUGAGCAUUUUUCCGAGUGUGAUGUUCAAGCUAAAAUAAAGCAACUCAAGGCCUUCCAGCAGGAAAUCUCAUUGAACCACAAUAAGAUUGAGCAGAUAAUUGCCCAAGGAGAACAGCUGAUAGAAAAGAGUGAACCCCUGGAUGCCACGUUCAUUGAAGAAGAGCUGGAUGAACUCCGACGCUACUGUCAGGAGGUCUUCGGGCGCGUGGAAAGAUACCAUAAGAAACUGAUUCGCCUGCCUCUCCCAGAUGAUGAGCACGACCUCUCUGACCGGGAGCUGGAGCUGGAGGAGACUGCAGCUCUGUCGGACCUCCACUGGCGUGACACCUCCGCGGACAGCGCGCCCUCCCCCCAGCCCGCCUCCAACCCCUCCCUCUCACUCGCCCAGCCCCUCCAGGGCGAGAGGUCCGGGCGAGACACCCCCGCCAGUGUGGACUCCAUCCCUCUGGAGUGGGACCAUGACUAUGACCUCAGUCGUGACCUAGAGUCUGCUGUGUCCAGAACUCUGCCCUCUGAGGACGAAGAGGGUCAGGAAGAUAAAGAUUUCUACCUCAGGGGAGCUGUUGGUCUGUCAGAUGUAACGAUUCCCGCAAGUCCCGAGGCCUAUGUUAAACUCACAGAAAGUGCAAUCAGAAAUCCCUCUGGGGAUCCUAGCACCUUGGAGUCACAGAUCCAACAACUGGGCAAAGCCCUGGAUGACAGCCACUUUCAGAUGCAGCAAAUGGAGAAUAUCAUCCACAGCAAAACUCCCACAGGACCAGAGCUAGACUCCAGCUACAGAGGCUAUAUGAAACUGCUGGGUGAAUGCAGCGGCAGUAUAGACUCAGUGAAAAGACUGGAACACAAACUGACAGAGGAAGAGGAGCAUUUUCCUGGCUUUGUCAACCUGAAUAGCACCGAAACCCAAACAGCUGGUGUGAUUGACCGCUGGGAGCUCCUCCAGGCGCAGGCCCUGAGCAAGGAGCUGAGGAUGAAACAGAAUCCCCAGAGGCGGCAGCAGUUUCACUCGGACCUGAACCGCGUUCUGACCUGGCUGCAGGAGAUGGAGGAGGACCUGGAACAGCUUCAGCGCCUGCAGCGCAGCACCGAUAUCCAGCCCAUCGCGCUCCAGAUCAAAAAGCUCAAGGAGCUCCAGAAAGCUGUGGACCACCACAAGGCCAUCAUCCUCUCCAUCAAUCUGUGCAGCUCCGAGUUCACUCAGACGGGCAGUGAGGAGAGCCAGGAUCUGCAGGGUCGCUUGUCCCAGAUGAAUGGCCGCUGGGACCGCGUGUGCUCCCUGCUGGAGGAAUGGCGGGGCCUUCUCCAGGACGCACUGAUGCAGUGUCAGGAUUUCCAUGAAAUGAGUCAUGGUUUGCUUCUUAUGCUUGAGAACAUUGACAGAAGGAAAAAUGAAAUUGUGCCGGUUGAUUCUAACCUUGAUGCAGAGAUACUUCAGGACCACCUCAAACAGCUUACGCAAAUAAGGCAUGAGCUGUUGGAAUCCCAACUCAAAGUGGCCUCACUGCAAGACAUGUCUCGCCAACUACUGGUGAAUGCUGAAGGCACAGACUGUUUAGAAGCCAAAGAAAAAGUGCAUGUGAUUGGAAAUCGGCUCAAACUUCUCUUGAAGGAGGUCAGUCAUCAUAUCAAGGAGCUGGAGAAGUUAUUAGACAUGUCAAGCAGUCAGCAGGAUUUGUCUUCCUGGUCUUCUGUUGAUGAACUGGACACCUCAGGAUCUGUGAGUCCUACAUCAGGAAGAAGUAGCCCGAACAGGCAGAAAACGCCACGAGGCAAAUGUAGUCUCUCACAGCCUGGACCCUCUGUCAACAGUCCACAUAGCAGGUCCAUAAAAGGUGGCUCCGAUUCCUCCCUUUCUGAGCCUCGGCCAGCCCGGUCCGGCCGAGCCUUCCUGUUCAGAGUCCUCCGAGCGGCUCUUCCUCUUCAGCUUCUCCUGCUGUUCCUCAUCGGGCUUGCCUGCCUAGUACCAAUGUCACAGGAAGACUACAGUUGUGCCCUCUCCAACAAUUUUGCCCGAUCAUUCCACCCCAUGCUCAGAUACACAAAUGGCCCUCCUCCACUCUGAACCAGGCAAUGCCAUCUGCAGCAGUGCUGGUAGCAUGAGGAGGAUUCGGCCAAGGGCAAUCCCAAACUAGCAAAGAGAGGACCUGAAUCUUGGCGGAUGCCCUCGGUGGGGCAGCUGUAGCUCACCUCUGUAUCCCCUGUGUGCAAAUCGUGGCUUCGGAGGUGAUGAUAAACAAUGAUGACAGGAGGAGAGCAAAUAGAUGCAGAAGGUUUGGAAGAUAUUCUGUUUGAAACUGAGCCUCAGCACUAAAGAGAUUCAGGACCUCCACUGUUCCCUCGACAAGUGAACUCUGGGCCUUUGGUCCAUCCUGUGCACACCGAGGGACUUCCAGAGACCAUCUGGGCAGCUUUCCCACAGUGCUGCUCCGUCCUCUCAAUAAAUGAUGCUACCUGAGCACCAUGUCGGCAUCCAACAAUCUACCCACCAACCAGUGCUGAAGAGCUUUGAGAACCUUGUAACAUACAGUUUUUAAGAGCUUAUGUGACAGCUUCUUUUUUACCUUGUUUUUCUUUGGGGCAUGAUGUUCUAACCUCGCUUUAGAAGCACAUGCUGUAAAUCUAAAAGGCACUUUUUUUAAAGGUAUAAAGAAAAAAUGGAUGUAAUAAAAUCAUGGGAGGCUUUAUGUGGAAAAAAAAAGUCGAAUGUUAUAGUCAAAAAAUGAUAUUUAUGUAUGUACAGUUUGCUAAGCCACAUUUUGUUUGUAUCAAUUUCUUUGCAUUUAUUAUAGAGAUUAUGAAA